AUGCCCAAACAAUGUCAAUGUACAAGUGGUAAAUGUGGAUGUGGUGCUGGAUGUCAAGGUGGUUCAUGUGAAUGUCAAGACACUUGUUCAUGUAAAUGUGAUUGUAAAUCAUGCUCACAUGAAGUGUCUGUUGACAGACGACUUCUAAUACGAAAAACAACGCCAUGUCCGUGUGAACCUGGAAAAUGUUCGUGCGAAGAUUGUGCACAAACAGGCAAAUGUAUAUGUGAUUCAAAUUGUCGAUGUUGUCAACCUAAGACAGAAUGUGACAAAGAUAGCUGUAAUUAUGACAAAUGUCAAUGUGCACCAGGGACAUAUAAAUGUUGA